AUGCGCGGAGCUGGAAAGUCUGAUGGACUCUAUCAAUACUCAUUGUUCGACAUUGGUCCCUACACCAGACUUCAAUGUUACUCAUUGCACUACGUUGAAUUUAUUUUCAGCUCCAUUGCGUACCAAUGGAAAUUAUCGAGACUCGUCCAUUGUGGUCCAUCGGUACUGGGCAUUAUUGACCAAUUUGCCGGCUUUGGGAAGUUGUUGUUCAACAUUGGCAAACAAACUCCGAAGAGCAUAUUCCGCUCCCGGGCCAAACCCCCCUCUUCUACAUCCAUGACGAAGCACAUCACGCAGCAAUGCUCCACUCCACCUCCUUCCGCUCCGACCACUCCGCCACACACUGCCCCGGCCCGCGCGAAAUCGUGCGCGCAUGGCCAGGUGGUAGGACACGGCGUGUUGAUGGGCGUAGCUGGCACGGGCAUAUCCAAAGAUGGUCGUGGACCAGGCAAUGGCAUCUGCCAUCUUGAAGGACUCGAGGUGUCGGUGGUGAAGUAUAUCCCGAGGAGUGUUUUAGAUACGCCUGUGGAGGGGAGGUUGAUGGGGAGUGACAUGCUAACGAAUUCACCAACUAACAACUCACCACCUAAUGUGCUCCGUUCCCCAUCACGCCCAGGAACGACCCUCCGCAAAAACAUGCGUGCAUGGGAAGGCCAAUCGUUGGGGCACGGGUCAACUCAGGCUGACCCUGACCUUGGCUGGGGUCAAGGGUUUUGGAGGUGUAUCUGCGCGAUCGCUGCUCUACCAAGGUCGAGGUCGCACUCGUGGUCUCCGCGUAUCAUGGGAUUCGAAAAUGAUGAUGAUAAUGAUCACAUGCGCUCGCACUCUCCCUGUGUUACCGACAACUCGAACUUUGAAUUCGAUGAUCCACCGUCUUUUCCGCCGCCUCUCUCGCCUCUGAUCGGUUAUCUGAUGCAAGGUGACUCUCUGUCGAUUACCGGACACUCCUCGUCGGCCUUUUCUAAUUUGAGUUUGUCUGCCUUUCCUAUGCCUCCCACUCCGUCGUCUGUGGUUGCGUUACCACCCUUUUCGUUUGUGGAUCAUAUACCGCCUUCACUGUCCCGCACUUCUUCGCGAGGUCGGGAGCUCGCGUGUGGACAAGAGGAGGUCGGGGAGAGGAGAGAAGAUAUGGAGUCAAGUGGAGAGAGGGAGAACGGAAGCGGGGAGAAUAGGGAGUUGGACGGUCUGCAGGAUAUUUACAUAAACGCAAAAUGA